AUGAUGCCAGGUAGUCCCUUUGGGGGGCCCGCGUUCCAGCCCCGCCGCCCUUGGGCUCUUGCGCUGCUUUUCGUUUUAGCUCUACAGACGCUCGGAGGAAGGACCGCAGAAGAGGACCUCCAGAGCAUCGAUAGCAAUGCAUUGCCUGAGCACAGCGGCAUGUUGGGCCGCCAGCCGGAUCAGAAACACGAGCAGCUUGAGGGUCAAGAACAACAGCCAGAUUUCGAGCAGCAGAGCCAACGGGAGGAUCCAGAGCAGCAGCAGAACCAGCAGCUUGAGCUGCAGGAAUACCAGAAAGAGGACGAUCAGCUAGUUCAUGGAGAGGAGGAGCAGCAGCAAGAACAACAGCAACAACAGCAACAACAGCAGCAGCAACAACAGCAGCAACAGCAACUACAACUGCAACUGGGUAUGGGUAUGAGCUUGAGGACGUUCUCAACUUUCAAGGGAACGGACUCGGAGUCGCUUGCUGCUGCAACAGCGCAGCUACAGGGUCUACUGGAGACUCUAGACAGCAAUCGAAAGAUAGAGAAGCAGCAGCAGGGAAUGGCUGACACAAUUCAGCGAGCGUUGAAGGCCCCUAAACCUCCUACGCCACCUUCACCUACUUCAGGAGCUGCUGGGGGAUCGGGUGCGCAGGGCCCCGCCAACCACCUCAAGAGGAAGACGAUGAAACUGCACCUGGGGUUUGCAGAGACAGCGGCAGCAACAGUCAUAGGCAGGAGAGCAGACGACGAGGAUGCGUUGCUGCUCUCGGCGCCGCUCCCAGGGAAACCCAGUUCAUUCAUAACGGGUCUUUUUGAUGGCCAUGGGGGCCAUGUGGUUGCGCGAAGAUGUUCAGUCCUCACCCCGACCUUCUUCGGCAGAAUGCCUGAUUUUUCUGGCAAUUCAUUCGCUGAGGCGAGCUUUGCUCUUGACGCUGCCCUUCGUAGCGACCCGGAGAUACCAAUUGGUCCUGGCUCAACAGGGAUAAUAGGCGUUUUGGUUGCUGAUGAUCCAUCAGUCCCUGAGUUCACUUUGCAUGUGGCCAACAUCGGGGAUUCGCGGCUUUUGGUUUUGCAUCCCGAUGGAACUUUCACGCCGAUGUCUGUCGAUCAGAAACCUAACGACCCCGUUGAGAUGGCUCGCGUACAGCGGGCCGGUGGCUCUGUGAUGCGCACGGCAAUGGGCGUCUGGCGUAUUGAUGGCCGUCUGGCUCUUAGUCGCAGCUUUGGAGAUUUUAGAAUGAAGGGUAGGGCAGACCUGUUGCCCUCACAGCAGAAGGUGGUGGCGUUGCCGCAUGCCAGGUCUAUCAAAGUGAAGGCUGGCGACAUCUUAGUAUUCGCUUGCGACGCUGAUUGUGUUCUUGUUUCUGAAUUGCAGGCAACUGAUGAGAACCUGGAGGAAACUGCGUCACGGCUCAUCACCACUGCAUAUUUAAUGGGCAGUGGCGACAACAUCAGCGCAAUGAUCAUCAAAAUUCAUCCCACGCAGUACCCAGAGCCAGUCGUCUCUGCAGCGGAGGUGGACAUCAUGGGUGUUCGGAAAGAACUCCCGGUGAUGCUUUCGGAGGAGGCGACUGUGCAGCGCAGCGGCGCUUGGGUGACGGACUUGGGUCUCUACGCAACCCUCUACUGA